AUGCGCGACAACAAGCGAUCCCAUCCUCUUCUGGAGCAAGUCCCUUUGACAGUCUCUCCAUUUGUGUCGCUUCCAACAGCGACAACACUCUCGUAUAACUACAAGACUAUGCCCUCAAACAUCCCACCCUCGUCCUUGGGCAUCGAGGCAGCAUCAGAUAACCCCGCAGGCCAAACCAGGCCCAAAUAUGUGGUAUCCAACUCUGGUCAUGCGGCACAUCCAGAAGACAUCAUCGCCUCAUGUCGCGCACUUCAAGCUUACGUGACCAAAAUGCAAGAAGAUGCAGAGCGUGAACUCCGAGAAUUUGAUGAGAAGAUCAAGGCGCGUGAACUCGCGGAGAAGAGGAGAGUUGCGCCUGGCUGGCUUGAUAGUGAGAUGCACAUGUUGGAGCCCGAGAGGAGUACACCGGCGCAGCAACAAGGUGCCGGAAACGUACCAGAGCAUCAAAACACUCAGAGCGGAACCGACACGAAUGCGACAGAGGACCAAGGUGCAGAAUUGGACCGAGUAUUUGGCGGUAUGGCUCUGAAAUAA